AUGACAACCCUACCUCUCUCAUGCUGCCAUGCCUCCCGCAAUGGAUGCGUCUGUGCCGUCCAAGCCAAAUGCUCGUGUGGCAAAGAACGCGCUCUGCAUUGUAACUGCGACAAAGCAAAGAUAGAAAAUGACACAUCAGGCGCCAGAUGCUCAUGCCGGAAACGUCCAGCUGGUCAAUGUACCUGUGAGCGUGCCGAGUCAGAGAAUCAUCAACAUUUCACCGAAGCUUGUCCGUGUGGCAAAAGAGCCUCAGAUUCAUGCACCUGCGAAAGGGCCCUUGAUGCAGAGAGCUUCCGCCAUGAGACGGACUUCACCACAAGUACAUAG